AUGGGCUCGACUGGCUCUGGAAAAUCUCGCUUAUCCAUCGACAUUGCCUCCCAUUACUUGGGCGAGGUCAUCAACUCUGACAAAAUGCAAGUCUACAAAGGACUGGAUAUCAUCACCAACAAAAUGGCCGAGUCCGACCGUCGAGGUGUGCCUCACCACCUGAUCGGGGAGGUGGAGCCCGACGUGGACUUCACCGCCGAAGACUUCUGCAUGGCGGCCACCUCCGCCAUCGAGCGCAUCGUGGAGCAGGGACGUGUGCCCAUCAUCGUGGGUGGGUCCAACUCCUUCGUGGAGGCUCUGGUCCAAAACCCAUCGGUGGAGUUCAAGUCCAGAUACGAACCAUGCUUCAUCUGGCUGAACGUGGCCCCACCAAUUCUGGACACAUACCUUUCGAAAAGGGUGGAUGACAUGGUGAGGGGUGGGCUAGUGGAAGAAGUGAAGGCGGUUUUCUCUCCAAAUCUGGACUACAAGCGGGGGAUUUAUAGGUCGAUUGGAGUGCCGGAGAUGGACGCCUACUUGAGGGCUGACAGGAUGGUAGGUUACAUAGAAAGGGAGACGCUGCUGAAGGAGGCUAUCGAUGAUAUCAAGGCCAACACCUGCAAACUGGCUAGUAAGCAAGUGGGGAAAAUUGAGACGUUGAGGAACAAGCUUGGGUGGAAUAUGCACCAGAUUGAUACCACCCCUGUGUUUGAGAAAUGUGGAGAAGAGGCAGACGCUGCCUGGGAAAUGCUGGUGAAGAAACCAACCUUUGGGAUCAUAGAUUCUUUCCUUACUUGA